GUAUUUCUGUCAGCUUUGAACAUCUUUCUUGCUAUCACAGGUUCCCUUGGCAAUGUCUUGAUCCUGAAUGUUCUCCCCAAAACUUCUCUUCACUCACAAACAAAACUGCUAUUUGGAAACUUAGCGGUGACUGAUCUCUGCGUUGGACUUAUAUCGCAGCCUCUUUUCGUAACAAUUCGGCUUAGCGCCGUUAUAAAGAUGGACUUAGAAAUCCAGUACUACCUUAUGAACAUUGCAAAUGCCUUCGAUUUCAUUUUGUGUGGAGUUUCCAUCCUCACCUUAAGUGCAAUAAGUGUCGAUAGACUUCUUGCUCUUUUCCUGGGAAUAAGAUACAGAGCGAUUGUAAAUUUAAGGCACACUCGAGCUCUUCUGUCAUGUUUUUGGUUAAGUGGGAUUUCUGGUGUAUUACUGAGCUUGUUUACGAGCUUUAGUGUCGCUUCUAUAGUAGGCGUCAUUUUUGUAAUCAUUUCUACAGUCAUCUCGAUUUUUUGUUACACGAAGAUCUUUAUGACACUCAGACAAAACGAAACUUAAGUACAAAAUCUAGGACAACAGAGACGAAUGGGAAUGUCACCUAAUAUAGGGAGAUACAAAAAGACAGUUUGGAGCAUUGCUUGGGUGCAGUUGGCAUUAAUCGCUCUGCUAUAGUGAUGAAGAUAAAGCAUUCGAGUGGUACGACAGCGAACACUAUUUGGAUAUUUACAUUCAGUCUGAUUUACGUAAACUCUUCACUGAACCCAAUUCUCUACUGUUGGCGGAUCAAAGACGCUCAAGGUGAGACAGAUAGAGCGACAGUUUUUUAAAGUGGCUAUGUCACGAGGAUAUUGCUCUUUUAGGUCAGUUCUGUGCUGACCUUAUCACUAAGUGCCUUUAACCAUAUCCAAAAUGUUCCAUUAGAGCCGGAUUUAAUAUAUAAUUUGAAGAUGUCAAAUAUAUUUCAUUGGGAAGCACUAACCAUAUAAAAUAUUUAUUCGAUUAACCACCCAUGGCGCUUAUUACUUUUUAAUUUGGACCUUGAGAGUGGACGCUUACUCUAAGUGGGCGUUUAUUCAAGGCUGGGCGCUUAUUAAAUUUUCACCGUUUUCAGCAAGUGUAGUAUGAGUCUAGUAUGUUUAUUUUGCGACAAAACAAUAAAUGGUAAUAACGAAACGCGAAGAUGUAACAAAGCAAGGUUUCUGUAAACUUCCCCUACUCUGAAGAAAACUUCGUCUUCGGGGAAGUCUCUUUAUAUUAGUACUUAUUCAAUUUCAAUCUCAUGGCACCCAAGAGGGUGGGGUGGGGGUGGGCGAUCAAGGCUGGCCGCUUGUUAACUUUUUCUGCCUUUAGGAUGGGUGCUUAUUCGAGGUGGGCGCUAAUUCGAGGUUGGGCGCUUAUUCGAAUAAAUACGGUAAUUGUUUGGUUAGCCUGUACACAGACGUUUUAUUUUCUUUUCGUUCAUUUCGAGUAGGGCAAAAUGUUGGCUUAGGGGAGUGGUAGGUGGGCCGUUUCCCAGAAACGUAAAAUGAUCCACAGUGGAUUAGUUUCAGUGUCUAAAUACAGACUUAAAUAAGAAAACUGGGCUAUUAUUUUGGAAUAAAAUUGAUGCAAAGACACGUUUAGGCUUAAAGAUAGCGAAUAGCGUGAUUUAUCCCCUUUAAAGAGAAGUGUAUGGUUGAAAUAAAACGUUAUGUAAUAUCAGAUAUCCCUUAAAUCUAGUAUCAAGGUCAUUGUGAGGGUUUCCAGUAUAAUAUUCAAUAGCUUUUUAAAUUCUCUCUUUACGUACCGUUUAAAAACGAGCAGAAGUGUAUUAUCAGGUUUAAAAACUACGACUGCGAUUUUUUUUUUUUAACGGUGAGCGGCUUCAUAACCUCUAUAAGUCAACUCAUUCUUGCACUAAUUAGUAGAUUUGGGUUAUUUCGGUCUAAAAACAAAACGUUAAAGUGUAGCCGGCACAUUCAGUUGUCCGCUUUAUCAGAUAUACUACAAUCAUAAACAUUAAUUUCUUCAUUUUCUUUAUGAAUCAUUAAAAAAUGAGUUUUUAUCUAGGUUUUGAACUGGUUUUAAAGCAUCAUUAAACAAACCUACCAAACUCAAAACGGACGCGUAUAUCUAAAACAUUAGACACUAGCUUUAAAUUAAAGACGAGAGCGGUCAACGAAAAAAUACCGGAGAAGGUGCAUUGAAUUUUAAAGGGCUAAUAUCCAAACAAUUUAAAUUAGCAAAAGGACUUUGCAAUGUCAUCAACAUCUGCUACUUUAUUUGCUGUUUUGAAGGAACCUGGGAACGAGGUUGGGAACAUUACACUCGUAGGCGUUCCAAAUAUGACCAUAAGUGCAGCUUGAAUUUCAUGCUUUCUUAUAUCUAUAUCUUUCUAUCUGUCUCCAUGCUUAUUGUUGUUAUUGUUACACUCCGUGGGUUCAGCGGAUAAAACGUUCUGCGAUAAUGACAAGUUUCUACUGUUUUUCCUCCGAUACACACUCGUCCGAUCCGCUCUCACGCUCGACAAGCCCAAAUAUGGCACCCCCCGUUUUUAGAAAGCAGCAUGCAGCAUCACACCACACUGAAAUGACUCCUGGGUUCAACCUUUCACAGUUUUACACUACACUACGUCACGCAAUGACCCAUUACACUGCCCCCCUCCUAGACAAAUUGUUCGUCUUGAUUAAUAGUGAUUUAUAACAACAACAAACACAGGUGUCUAAACUGUUCGAGUGUUCCGAAAACAAACAUUUUAACUUCAUGCUCACCGAGAUAUGAUAAUUUAGUAUGAGAAAAUAGAAGGGAUUCCCGUCACGGAUAAAAAAGAUAAAAAGAUAAGUAAUGAGUUGGUUUAAUUAUUGGCUUGCAUUAAAUCUAUGUAAAAAAGAUAUUUUUUUUUAAUAGUAAGUAGAUUUAAUGCGUAGCAUUUCUUGAUUUUUUGGCAAAGGAAGAAGAAGCACGAGAAUUGAUUAAAAAUCGUGAGUUAAACCUCUAUGUAUCACUCGAUCGCUUGUCUCACCGUUCCAAAAUUAUCAUAUCCCGGUGAGCAUUCGGAAGUCCGCCAAGCGCGGUCAUUGCACGCGAGCUGAACAAGAACGUUGCAUCAUGACAGACUAGAAACAAUAGAAAACUCCCAAAGCACAAACUCAGCCAAAACGCUAAAAAUCUUCAAUGUUUUCUCAAGUUCGGGCUUACAGAAAAUAAUGUCACAGUCUAUCACCGACCAUGAAAUUCACAACCGGGGUAGUUAGUUAAUCAAUUGUGGCCCUGAAAAAAAUUGAGGGAAAAAAAACAACGAAUUUUCAGAAAAAUGCUUUUUUGUGAGAAGGACUCUUAAACUCUGACAAACGUCAACAAAUUAUAGCUAAAAAUAAUUUAUAUAUGUUUGCAUUGUUCGAAAUCGCGCGCAUUUACCACGGCCCUAAAUCUGUUAUAAAGAUCCCCAAAAUAAAGGGAUAAAUCUCAUAGUUUAUUAGAUAUAGUCAUGUGAAGUUUGCUUAUCACUUUCAAAUAAUUUAGGACAUUUUAUGACCUAAAUUUUGAAACCGCUGAAUUUCUCGUAUUGGGUCUUUGCGAUUUUGGCGAAACUCUGUUUAGGCACUAAUUCGCACUAUAUUUAGCCUGUUCCAGGCGUUCAAAUGGUGGGGAGCGGGCGAAAAUUAUGGCGCCGGCGAAAAAUUGACGUUUCUGUUUGCGCUCGAUUUAACUUGCUCUCCACUAUCUAAACGCCUGGGACAGGCUACACUAUAUGUAGCCGAGAGAUGUUCACGAAAAAAUGCCGGCAACCACAGAAUUUCGACUCAGACCCCAGGGAGAAGUGGCACUAUAAUCACGUGACAUUUACUUCGAUCGCCAACAAUUUUAUGCUGUAUUGUAAAUUAAUCUAUAUGUUAUCCAUGCUAUAUGUGAGACUUAUUACUAUCAAAGAAAAGGUGGGGAUACCAGAGAGCUUCAAAGUAGGAUGGUACCCCCAAUAACUGGGUCGAGUCACCUUAAUUGCAAAUUAGCUAGGAAAUAGGAAAUUUGCAUAUGGUCACCUUUUCAGUACAAAUCAACGCCGGCCCUGCAGCUAAGCAUUUUCUCUUAUUAUAGCGUAACUGAUCUAACAAACCUUUUCCUGAUCACUUGUCGGUUUUUACGUUUAUUUUUUCCUAAGCGCGUUGCUGAAUUUAUCAUCAUAGCGCGAACAGAGAAGUCGAGGACUCAUAGACUUUAUUAAACAAGCCUGCCAAGUGGGUCGUCUAUCAAACAGAUGGUACUCGUAAUUUUAAAAGCAAUUUCUUAAGAUCUCUUAAUAACUUCCUUUUCAGCUGGUAUUUCGAUGAUAUUGUUCCCGGGCCAAGGUUGUGCGCCAAAUAAUUAAAGCAAGCAAUUAAUUAAGGGAAAUUAAGGUCUGUAACCUGUUAAAAUGUUAUCGAAACAAUUCCAGGAAUACGUCGGCGUCUGACAUAUAAUGUCCUAAAAUGUUCUGCAAUUGGUGUAGGAUUUAAUGAAGCCGAAGCCAAUUGUGGAAUUGCACACAUUUUAGGUAUCCUACUGAUGAACAGUUACACGACAAAUACAUAUUAUUUUUAGCAACUACUAUAAUUUGCAGUCUGUCCACUUUGAAUAUAAUCUUCACUUUGAAUAGACACAGUUGACUCCCGAGAACUCGAACCUCCCACUAACUCGAAGUAAUUUUUAUUUCCCUUCUGGACAUCAUUUUACCCUCGAUGACUCGAACUAUGUCAAAAUAGUGGUAGAGGGUCAGAAUUAACCCCCGUUGGUGGAUAGGUAAGGAUAGUUUUGGGAUAGUCUAUGACGUCACCCAUUAUUUUCAUUCCUUACAAAUCGCUGUGUAUUUGACUCUUUUUGUCAUUGUUUUUAAUAAAGUUUUAAAAACGGUAUCUCUCUUGUGGUUUUAUUGCUAGCAAUUAUUAGUCGCGUGUUUUAAUCGAUCCUUGUUAAGUUAUUUAAAAUUGUUUAUAUAAUAAUACGUCAAGGUGCUCCCUUGGGUCUUUCCUGUAGAGCUAAUUUGUAUUCAACUUUGGGCUUGCGAACUCGCAUAAUUAACUGACUAACGGUGCGUGAAACGCUGAGACUGUAAUAGUUUUUCAUUUCCUGGAGAUAGAUAGGAGAAAACGUCAGACAAAAUUGAAAUAGAGAGUUUUCAGUUCUACUUCGUGUAUGUGUUUUGUUUAUAUAUAUCCGAGUUUUAGCGCGAAAUAAGAUAUAGUAAGCCGUUUCUCGCGUUGCUAGGUGAUCGCUUCUCUUAUUCCUAUUUUUGCCUUUUAAUAGACGUUCAAACCAGGUUCAAGUUACUUGACGGGCAAGCCUAGGCAAGCCUAUUGUUCCUAUUGUAGUAUUCGCUCAUCAGUAAAGCUAUACCGAAUUAGUAUACAGGAAGAUAGUUAUUUAUAGUACGGAGGAAGGUAUUUUUUCCCCAGGCUAUCACAAUGGGUGACGUCAUAGACUAUCCCUAAAUUAAACUAUCCUUUCCUAUCCACCAACGGGGGUUAAUUCUGACCCUCGAAAUACGUUUUAAGUGCCAGUUGUAAACCAACUUUACUUCAUCCAAGUCAUGGAAUUUGAAGAGUUCCUCUUAAAACAAAAUAUGCAUUUAAAAAUGCAAAAAAAACAAAACUUUGUUCACGAAUUUGUGACGUUCUCACGAUGCACAUUUCAGAAAAAAAUAAUUAAAUAAUAAAUAAAAAACCUCUCAGUUUUCAGAUGAGUUCUCUCUAAUUGAACAUGUUGACUUAGGGAGUAAAUUGACUGAAAACAUAUGACGUUUGCCCGACUAAAACUACCGUCUACCAGACAUGGUAAUAUGUUGCAACUCGUAAUUAAUUUAUAAAUUUUAUUGAUUGGAGUCUAGCGAAACAUUUGUUAAUGUCAUUGUAGACCUGUCAAAUUACUUUAUGUUUGUUACCACACGUUUCUGAUAGGUGUGUUAAAUAAAAAAACGCAAUUUAUACUACAUAAAAACUUUGUGUGUCAUAGCGAAAAAGAACACUUUUUGUGACGCAGUCAAAGUAAGGCACCUCGUCUCUACAUUACAGCAAGAAGAAUGGUAAACUUGACGGAAGGCGGAAACGUCACUGUGAUGAAGACACUGCUUCCUGCAAACAUACAUGUAGGUUUAUACAUUGCGUUAACAGCUGUAAAUAUUGUUGUGUCCAUCACGGCAUCUCUGGGCAACAUUUUGAUCCUGGUUGCUCUUCGCAAAGUGACUUCUAUUCAUCCGCCGACAAAACUGUUGUUUCAAUGCUUGGCUAUCACUGAUCUUGGCGUUGGUCUCAUUUCCCAGCCACUCAUGGCCACCCUGAUGCUCAUGGCUGAUAAUAUUGACAUCAAAAUUUGGAAGAUAUGUUUAAAACUGCUUUCGUCUUUAUCCAUUCCUUUUUGUGGAGUAUCAGUUUUUGCAUCAACUGCCCUGAGUGUGGACAGACUUCUCGCCCUGGUUUUGGGGUUAAGGUACAGACACAAAAAACCGCCAAAAUUAUAAUUACAAUUUGCUUGACACUUUGUCUCAUUAUCUCGCUGUUCUCUUACACGAAGAUCGUCCUUAAACUUCGGCAACAUCAGUCCAGCGUACGAGACAAUGUCCAGCAAAGAAGAACGAACGCAGGAGGAAUUCCACUGAACCUAGAUCGAUAUAAGAGGAUUGUUGUAAGCAUAGCUUUGGUGCAACAGGCAUUAGUUAUAUGCUAUUUUCCAUUUCUUAUUUUCCACAUUGUGACUCAUCUGAAGGACAUUCACCCUGGCCAUUAUUUACUUUGGUAUUUUCAUACUUCCACUCUCAUUUUCCUUAACUCGUCUUUAAAUCCGUUUCUGUACUGCUGGAGGAUCAAAGAAAUUCGACAAGCAGUGAAAGCCACAAUCACAGGUUUAUGCGCCUGU